UGGCGGCCGACACAAAACGAUUCCGGCAUCGCUAGGGCUUUUCAAUUCAUUUUUAAUAACAAGCGCCACUGUCUAGAGGAUUGUGUGUGCGUUUUUCCUUUUACUACCAGACAAUACCUCAGCCGUCAGAUUCAAAACCGAAACACGAAAUCUGCAGGGUUAGGUGUCGAAAUGUGCGAUAGUAGAUUCGCAUAAAAAUGUGGAUUAGAAAGCAACUGGAGCGUAGCACGGGCUUCUUGUGCGAAAUCCUUCAUUCAUUAGCAGACUGAAAGCCGAAGAUUGAAGACAUUGUAUUUCGGGCAAUGAGGAAUAAAAUUGUGGAGAAGGGAGGCAUCAAUCAAAAAGACACCAUGCUGUCUGCGACGCCCCUGUAUGGCAACCUUCACAGCUGGAUGAGUACUGAUCGGGUCCGCAUGUGUGGAAUUAAUGAAGAUGGCAGGAAAGUCUCUGUAAGCGAUGGUGAAACACAGAAAAGCAUGAAGCGGUUUGGGAUCAGGGAUGACAAUCACAUGACCCACAACUUGGGUGUGGUGGAUGCAGCGUCAGUGAGACAAAUUGAUCGACUUAGAGCUGCUAGUGGGAUCAUGCAAGAAGAACUGAGAAACCAUAAUGGUAUUAUGUAUCCUACUGCACGUGGGCUUAGAAAUGAGAAGGAACAAGAGGCUGCUGUUGCAAUGACCAGCCUCGGAUUUAUGACUGAUAGAAUGCCUGAUUUGAAUUAUAAAUCACAUCCACCAGAAAGCCUAGAAAAUGGCAGUGGCUGCACAAAGCCUCAUGAAAGCUUUAGCACACUGUACAAAUCACCACCUGGACUACAAAAUGCUGCUGGUGCGAGAAGUGAAUCAUUGGGUUUAGAAGGAUCUUCGGCCGGUAAACAAGCACCAGUGAAUGGAACUGGUCCUAGUUAUUUGCGGCUUCCUUGGAUUAGCCCAUACAUGGAGAGUCCAGCACCAGGGAUGUAUCCAUUUGUGGAAUCGCCAAGCAAAUACUCAAUGAACAUGUAUAAAACAUGCUUGAUACCUUCACAGAAUUCUUAUGGCUUACCACAACACAUCUCCUAUUCACCUGUCUGUAGCCACAGUGAUCGCUUCUUGUACAUACCACCUCCACACUAUGGUUUGCCUCACAUCCCUUCAUCUCUUCCUUCUCCACUAAGGAUUACACCAGCUGCAACAUCACCCAUAAUGUCUUCUAUGGUUCAUUGUCCUGAUAAAUGCCUCUCAGGAAUAAUGACAGGAAAUCCUAGAUUGCAAGUUGAUCCACAAAUUUUGACACAUCAAAUAUCGAGUGGCAAGAAAACAAGGAUUACAGCUAAUGAAAAGUCAAACGCUAGUAGUAUUCCUGCAGACCCUGCUUCACUGUUGCAAUCUCCUAAACCAGCUGCCCGGCUUCAUCUUUCCUCAUCGCAGAUUGGAGAGAGUUCUUCUGAAUUCCAGAAACACCUAGCCAGAAUAUCUGGUCCUUCUCCUUCAAUGGCACUUCCUCAUGGUUAUUUAAGCAUAAAUAGUGAAUUUACUUCUCCUGCACGAUCAACGAACAGCAAAAAUUCAAAACCAACAGAAUCUGGUGAUAACUUGCAACAAACAGUUACACAUUCACGAAGCUCUCAGGCUGAACAAAAAGCUACGAAGUCUCCAUUACAGCAAGAAACACAGACACCCACCAAAGACUGCAGUGAGAAGCCUUUAGAUUUGUCAUCUAAAGUAGGCUGUGGUGAGACAUCAAGUGAUCAGGUAUCCAAGACUGAGAGUACUGAUAAAGUGGUGCCAGUAUCAGCAGCUGGCAAAUGGCGCAACAACUCCUCAUUGUCUAGCAAGGAAACAUUUUCUAGCAGGGAAACUCAUUCUGAAGUUUCAGCAACUUCAAUACAUAAUGAACUCCCUAUUGAAAGACCUGCUAUUAUCAACAAAUUACACUCAACCUGGGCUGUUCCUGGUACUAGUUCUCCUGGUGACCAUCAAACCAGUAGUAUAUUGGUGAGCAAUAAAACACUACAGCGUAUAAUUCCUCAUCAGAGAAGUUCCUCAUGCCCUAGGAUUGGGAGUUCCAAUGGUUCUGUCAAUCAUAUUCCAGGUUCAGUGUCUGGAUUGGGCCGACCUGCUUCUGCUUCACCAUCACCAAAUGUUAGUACUGAAUGGGGUCACUCUGAGAAGGCUCAUAGGAAUAACUCUUCAAAUAAAACAUCUGUGAUUCACCAAACAGGGCAGUCCUCUCCAGUACCCAGUAAACAGACCACUAAAGGGACCAAAGGUGGUUGUCAGGAUUUUGCAUCACAUUCAACUGAAAGUGGCCAUUCAUCGGGUUCAAUAUUUCUCACUCCAAACGAGACAUUUUUAUCCCCACCUUUACCAUAUCCAAACAGAUAUUUCACCUACUCUACACCUGAAGGAAUCUCCAUUGGCCAUCUUCCUUUACCUGAUAAAGGACUUGUAUUUCCCCAUCCUGCCUUAUUGCCUAAUGGCAAUUUGUACGCAGGAAACUUGGCACCAAAGCACAGACUUUCUUAUACCAGCUUGCCAACAUGCAGAGGUGAAUACACCGUGUUUCACAACACACAAAAUUUGAUCAACCCUAUAAUUUCAUCACAUACUUCUCAAGAAGAAAAAAGGAGUGAGGGAGCACAGCGGCGAUCUAGAUCGCAUGAUCGACUUCGAUGUAAUGAAGAGCUGGUUAACAGAGGAAGACCAUCAGAAAUUUCGCAAAAAUCAAAUGUAACUCAGUUACAUGUUUCUACUGGACUUGAGGUCUCGUGUUCUAAUCCAAAGAAUCAUGGCAAAAUGUUUGCCAAAGAUUACAAGGAUAAACCCUUAAUCGUGGAACACAAUGAUCAAUGGGGAAAAGUUGAAGUAAAAGCAUCUAAAAAGAGCACCCUGCCAGAAGGAAGCAACAAACAAUAUUCAAUGAAAGAAAUUGAUGAGAAAACAGUUGACCCUGUGGAAGCCAUUGCCAUACAAGACAGUGUCCACAAAGACAAAGAUGUCCACAAGGCAGUAGAAUUUUGUAGCUCAUCACAGGGUCAGUGUUUACCAAAUCAGAACUUAAACAAAGAUUUUAUUUCAGACUGCCAAAGUAAAGAGAGUACAACAGUUCAGUUGAUCGCUGAUCUAUCGGAGGGUGGUCGUAUCAUUGAUAGUGUUGCCACAUCUUUGGGUAAUACAAAUACCAAUAAGGAAUUUGGUGCUGAAGCUGAGCAGUUUUUGGCUCAAUUGAAUCACAGUGAUACCAAAGACAGAACUGAUGACUUGGACAUAGCAGCUGCUAAAUUUAUGAAGCCAAAAAAGUCUAAUCUAACAAAGCGAAUUGCAAACUCAGCUGGGUAUGUGGGAGAUAAGUUUAAGUGUGUCACAACAGAACUCUAUGCUGAUUCUAGCCAGCUUAGUCGAGAACAACGAGCACUACAGAUGGAAGGAUUAUCACAAGAAGACAGUAUUUUAUAUCAGCCUGCUGCUUACUGUGAGGUCAGUUCUUAAGAUUUUUCUCAGAUUGUUUUAACUAAAAUAAAAGAACUGUUAAGUUUUAGCACACAGUUGACCAAAGAAGAUUUUAUUAUAGAAAACCAGCAAACGUGGCGUCCUCUGUAG